AAUAUGCAAAAUAAAUUAUAUCUUAAAGUAGUCUAAUUAAAGUUUAAUGGUUUUGGGCUUAAAUGUAUUAAAAAGUUGUGGGCCUUAGAUACGUGAUAUGUUAAUGUUAUAUAUAGCCAUUAUGGUUCUAGGUUGUACUAUUCUUUUUCUCCUUACCAUUUUAUAUUCUAUUAUCAGAGAGAAUUAAAAGCGACAAAGGUAAUCAAACAUUAUCUUGAAGAUAUAUCUCAUGUUCUUAAAAUUUCUCCGGUGCUAUUAAAUCAGUAAACUCACUAUUCAUCAAUGGAAAACACAAAUAACAAAAAGGUUGCACCACCUCUUGGCAAUUCACCAUGGCUCGUAUUUACACAUGGAGGUUCGAGAAAGAAAAUGAUUCAAACAUUCUGUACAAUAAAAAUCUUGUGAAUAUAUAAAGCAAAUUCACUUGAUCAAUGGAAGACGCAAAUAACAAAAAGGUUGCACCACCUCUUGGCAAUUCACCAUGGCUCGUAUUUACACAUGGAGGUUCGAGAAAGAAAAUGAUUCAAACAUUCUGUAGUAUGUCUUCUUUACCAACUAAUAAUCAGUCCUUCAUCAAGAGUAUUCCUCAAUUGCGUGGCUUUGAUAUUUUGGGCUCCUACCAUGGAUGGUUAAUCUUACGUAAUAUUAAAGAUCAUAAUAUUAUUUCUUUGUGUAAUCUCAUUACUCUACAAUCAAUCAGUCUUCCUCCAUUACCGAGAAAAAAAACAGAAGAAAAUGAUGAUACUGAUAUUAAUGAUCAAGAAGAUGAAGAUGAUGAUAUUAAUAAUGAACGUGAUAGUGAAAAAGAUGAUGAUGAUCAUGAUAUUAAUAAUGAAGAAUAUGAUAAUGAUGAUGAUAAUGAUAUUAAUAAUGAAGAAUAUGAUAAUGAUGAUGAUGAUGAUGAUGAUGAUGGUGAUGAUGAUGACAACGAUGAAAAUGAAGAUGAAGAUGAAGACGUGUUUUGUGCUCUUACGUCUGCGCCGAAUUCAGCUAAUUCAGUACUCUGCUUGUUUAUCAAAGAUCAAGUUUUUUCAUGUCGUAUUACAACUGAUUCCUCAAUCAGUAAUUGGAAUACUCAAAAGCUUAAACUUCAUGGCGAGAGAAUAGUGAGCAUAAGAAAUAAUUGCAUAAUGCAUGGUAUUAUUUAUAGUUUGACUCGAAUUGAAAAUCCAAUAGUUUAUGGAAUAAGAUGUUAUUUGACGGCUAUUGAGGUUGUUGAUGAAGAAACUAAUACCAAUAUUGCUUACUCACUUGCCAUUAAGUCCUUGGCACUUACACCUUUCGAGUAUUAUCCUGCAUAUGUUCGUUGUAGGACAAAUCUGGUUGAAUCUUAUGGUCAUGUGUAUUGUGUCAAUACAUAUAUAAGAAAUGCUUAUGAUGAUAAUUUUAGUAGAGUAACUGUGUUUGAAUUUGAUUUUCCGACCAAAAAAUGGGUGGAGAUUAAAUCUUUGAAUGGUCGUGCCUUUUUUAUAGAUUAUAAUAGUUGCACUUGGUGUUGGGGAUCAUCGGAUACUAAUUUUGAGGGAUCAGGUAUUCAAGAAAAUUGUGUGUAUCAAAUUAGGGACAAUAAGCGUAUUAUCUUUUGUUACAACAUAGUUGAAAGGAGUAUGACCCUACUUUCUCUUUCUCUAUACUUGACAACUCCUGUAAGCAGUUAUGCUUGGGUGAAUGCAGCACCCAUAUCAUUACCGGUCCAAAGAUUAGGAUGUAUUCAAAAACAUGAUAGGAUAAUUGAGAUGAAGCAAGUUCCCCACGAAAGAAUAGAGGAGGGCUCAUUCAUUAAGCUUUCGGAUUAUUUGAUAUAUUUAAUUUCAACACACACAACACAUUUUUUCGAUUAUUGGAAUUUGCGGCUUUCUUGUAAGAAAUGUCAAAAGGCAAUUCCGUUGAUUCCUGAAUGGGGAAUCUCUCAUAAUAGGCUUCCUUUAUUUAUCUUCUUUAAGGAUGAUGAAGAUGGAUUAUGUAAAGUGAUGGAUCCUUUCCGAUCUGAUUCACACUACACUCGCUUACGCAUAUUUUUAAAUCCUUCUACUCUUUAUUAUUCUAAUAAUGGAUGGUUAAUUAUGAUUUCAAGUUUUAAAUGGAUAUCCUCAUCACUCAAGUUCUUCAAUCCUUUCACCAGGGUCAAAAUAGAUUUUCCAUUCCAUUUUAAUAAUUUUAUUGAUCUUACAAGUAUUGGGUUCUCAUCUUAUCCUACCUCUUCAGACUUUCUCAUGGUUGCAUUUGAUCCCUUAAUGAAAGCAAUUACUUAUUUCCGAUUUGGUGAUACAUCUUGGACACGUUAUGCGUUUCCAAAUGAAAACAACCAAUUUAAAAUUGGAAUCAACAAUCCAGUUUACAUUCAGGGAUGCUUUUACAUUCUCGAUGUAAACGGUUAUCUUGGAUCAUUUGCAUUAAUAGACGGAGAAGAAAAUUGGCAAGUUUAUAGCAAGCCACCUCAGCUAUGCUUCAAAAAAUUUCAUUCGUAUCACCUACUUGAGUGUGAAGGUCAGCUUAUAGCAGUAUUUAUCAAGUUUAUUGGAUUAUGCGUUCAAGUUUUUAAGUUUAAUAUUCAGAAGCAUAAAUGGGUGGAAAUUAGAAACCUUGGUGAAUAUAGUUUUUUCCUUGGAAAGUCAUCAUUUUCUGCAAAGAUAGCGGAGGUUGAAAAGAGAAAUCGAAUUUACAUUUCGCGGCUUAAAGGAGAGAAAAUAAUAUUUUACUCACUUCUAACAAAACAGUUUCAUGCUGCUGGAACAGAUGAUGAGUCAAUACAAGACUUUUGCAAUACAACUGAACAAUUGGAAAGCUUUUGGCUUUAGUUUAUUAUUUUUAUCUAGGUUUUGUAUUAAAACAGUAUUACUUUUCAGUAUGAUGUUUUUUUUGUUGUAUUUAAUUUAAUUUUUUAAAACUUUAUUUGAUGAA